AUGAUAGUAUUUAUUAAUAAAAAAGUAACAACAACUCAGUCAAGACCAUCAGGAAUGGCUUUACUUAAAAGAUUUGAGACUCAAUCUGCUAGAGUCAAAGGAAUAUCAUUUCAUGCAACUAGACCAUGGAUAUUAGCUGCUCUUCAUUCUGGUGUAAUCCAGUUAUGGGACUAUAGAAUGUGUACAAUGGUUGAUAAAUUUGAAGAACAUGAUGGUCCUGUAAGAGGAAUAGAUUUUCAUGACCAACAACCUAUUUUUGUUUCUGGUGGUGAUGACUAUAAAAUUAAAGUGUGGAAUUAUAAGCAAAGGAAGUGUUUGUUUACUUUACUUGGUCAUUUAGAUUAUAUUAGAACAACAUUUUUUCACAAGAACUAUCCAUGGAUAAUAUCUGCUUCUGAUGAUCAGACAAUAAGAAUAUGGAAUUGGCAGUCUCGAAAUUCAAUUGCUAUAUUAACAGGUCAUAAUCACUAUGUCAUGUGUGCACAAUUCCAUCCAACGGAGGAUAUUGUAGCUUCAGCCUCUUUAGAUCAAACAAUAAGAAUAUGGGAUAUAUCUGGUUUAAAAAAGAAAAAUGCUCCACCAGGUAUGGGUGGUUCAAUGCCAUCACGUGUUGGUUCCGGAGCAGGACCACUUAGUGCAGCACAAGGUGAUUUAUUUGGACAACCUGAUAUUUUAGUCAAACACGUUUUGGAAGGACAUGAUCGUGGUGUUAACUGGGUUUCUUUUCAUCAAACACUUCCACUUUUGGUUUCUGGGGCUGAUGAUAAACAAGUAAAACUAUGGAGAUACAAUGAUGUUAGAGCAUGGGAGGUUGAUUCAUGUCGUGGUCACUAUAAUAAUAUAUCUUCUGUUGUUUUUCAUCCUAAAGCAGAAUUAAUUUUAUCUAAUUCUGAAGAUAAGUCAAUUCGUGUAUGGGAUAUGCAAAAGAAAACAUGUCUUCACACAUUUCGUCAUGACAAUGAUCGUUUCUGGAUUUUAGCUAAUCAUCCUUCAUUAAAUAUGUUUGCUGCUGGUCAUGAUAAUGGUCUUAUUGUUUUUAAAAUUGAAAGAGAAAGACCACCAUAUUGUAUGUCAGGUAAUAUUAUGUAUUAUGUCAGAGAACGUCAACUUAGAAGAUUAAAUUUAUCUACAAAAGAUGAUAUACAAUUAGCUACACUUAGGCAUAUUAGAAAUUCACCUCCAUAUUAUUCAAUGCAUUUUAAUCCAGCUGAAAAUGUUUUUAUUGUUGUUACACGUCCUCAUAAUCUUGAAGGUAGUACAUAUGAUUUAUAUAGACUUGGUAAAAAUGCUGGAGAAAAUGGUGUACCAGAAGAACCAACACCACAAAGAUCUAUUGGUAUUGGUGCUGUAUGGAUAGCUAGAAAUAGAAUAGCUUCACUUGAAAAAAAUGGUUCUGUUAUAAUUAAAGAUUUACAAUUAAAAGAAGUAAGAAAAAUUGAACAUAAUUUAUUUAUUGAAGAUAUAUUUUAUGCUGGUACUGGAUUAUUAUUAUUAAAAACAGUUGAAGGUCUUCAAAUGUAUGAUAUUCAACAAAAAAGAGUUGUAGCUUCAAUAAAAGCAAGUAAAGUUAAAUAUGUAAUAUGGUCAAAUAAUAUGGAAUAUGCAGCUUUAUUAAGUAAGCAUACUUUAACAUUAAUUAAUAGAAAUAUGGAAGUAUUAUAUACAAUUCAAGAAACUGUUAGAGUUAAAUCUGGUGCAUGGGAUACAAGUGGAAUAUUUAUUUAUACAACAACAAAUCACAUUAAAUAUGCACUUACUGCUAAUGAGCAUGGUAUAAUUAGAACUUUGGAUACACCAUUAUAUAUUGUAUCUGUAGAAAAUAAUGUAUUAUAUUGUUUGAACCGUGAAGCUGAACCUAUUAUUGUUAAUUAUGAUCCAUCAGAAUUUAGAUUCAAACUUGCAUUAAUUGAAAGAAGAUAUGAUGAAGUUAUGAGACAAGUUAAAUGUCAAGGUUUAAUUGGACAAUCUAUAAUUGCAUAUUUACAAAAGAAAGGAUAUCCUGAAGUUGCAUUACAUUUUGUUAAAGAUGUUAAAACAAGAUUUGGAUUAGCUCUUGAAUGUGGAAAUAUUCAAUGUGCUUUGGAGUGUGCCAAACAAAUUGAUGAACAUUCAGUUUGGGAGGCUCUUGGUGAAAUUGCUAUGAUGCAAGGUAAUCAUCAAAUUGUAGAAAUGUGUUAUCAAAAAACUAAAAACUUUGAUAAACUUUCUUUCCUUUAUCUUAUUACUGGAAAUUUAGCAAAAUUAAAUAAAAUGAUGAAAAUUGCUGAAAUAAGAAAAGAUCUUAAUGGUCUUUUCCAAACAUCUGUUGUUCUUGGAGAUUCAGAAACACAAAUAAAAGUUUUAAAAAAUGUUAACCAAUAUUCAUUAGCAUACCUUGCUGCACAUACAUAUGGUGAUGAAGAAGCUAUUGAAGAGUUAACUGAAAUUCUUGAAAGUCACGAAAUUCCAUUACCAACUGUUAGUAAUUCUGCUACACCAUUAAAACCACCACUUCCAAUAAGACCUAUGACUGAAAAUUGGCCAUUACUUGUUGCUUACAAGAGUGCUUUUGAUACAAUAGCUGCACAAGUACAAAAUGAAUCAAAACCAAAUGGAAAAGGUCCAACAGUAACAAUGAAAAUUGAAAAUAAUGAUGCUUUUGCUGCUGAUGAAGAUGAUGAUGCUGUUGGUGAUGCUUGGGGAGCUGAUGAUGAAUAUUUGGUUGAUGAAGAUGGUAAUCUUGAAAUUGAUGAAGGUGAUCUUGUUGUAGGAGAUGAAGAAGGAGAAGGUGGAUGGGAUGUUGAUGAAGAUCUUGAAAUUCCUGUUGAAGCUGAUGUUCCUAAAGAUGGUGAUGAAGAUGGUCAAUUUUAUACUGUUCCAUCACGUGGUCAACCACCAUCCAAUUUCUGGCCUAAUAAUUCUAGAUUAGUUGCUGAUCAUGUUGCUAGUGGAUCAUUUGAAUCAGCACUCAGACUUUUGACAGACCAACUUGGUAUUGUUAAAUUCAAUUUAUUUAAAGAUAUAUUUCUUAAUAUUUUUGCAUCUUCAAGAACAGUUUAUUGUGGUGCUGGAUUAUCAACUCCUAACUUUUCAUUCCCAUUAAGAAAUUGGCAGACUGCUGCAUACAAAAAUAGUUUACCAUCGACUGGAUUUAAAAUUAAAACACUAGCAAAAAGAUUACAGGAAGGUUAUCAUUUAACAACUAGUGGUAAAUUCAAUGAUGCUAUUGACAAAUUUCGUUCAAUUUUACUUUCAAUUCCUUUGUUAGUUGUUGAUUCUGAACAAGAAGGAACUGAAGCUGUUCAACUUUUAGAUAUUUGUCGUGAAUAUCUUGUUGGUCUUCUUAUGGAAGCAGCUAGAAAAGAAUUACCAAAAGGUACAAAUGAAGAGCAUAUUCGUAAUUGUGAAUUAGCUGUAUACUUUACACAUUGUCAACUUCAACCAAUUCAUCAAAUAUUGACACUUCGUGCUGCUGUUAAUUUGUGUUUCAAAUUAAAACAAAUGAAAACAUGUGCCUCAAUGUGCAGAAGAUUACUUGAUCUUGGACCUAAAGCAGAAGUUGCUUCACAAAUCAGAAAAAUAUUGUCUGUUGCAGAAAAAGAUUGUGUUGAUGCUAAUAAGUUAAAUUAUGAUGAAUAUAAUCCAUUUGUCAUAUGUUCACGUACCUAUGUUCCAUUAUAUAGAGGAAAACCACAAAUUACAUGUCCCUUCUGUAAAUCAUCAUACGCUGAGGAAUUUGAAGGUGAGAUAUGUAGUGUAUGUGAGGUUGCAGAAAUAGGAAAAGGAGCCUCAGGUUUACGCAUAGUUAUUUAUGAUAUAUUCACAGUUUCAAAAACAAUUUUUUUAAUAUUUAUUCUAGCUAUUGUCAUUUAUUCAGAUUUUGGCUAA